CUUCCAAGAAAGCCUGGCCAGAACACAAACCAACGCAGCGAUGUCGUCUCCGUCACCGUCCGUUGCGGAAAUUCAGGUCGAUGCCGUUACCUUUCCGCCGGCCGUUAAGCCUCCGGCUUCCUCCAAGACCCUCUUCCUCGGCGGGGCAGGGGUGCGAGGGCUUGAUAUAGAAGGCAAGUUCGUGAAGUUCACUGCCAUUGGAGUGUACCUCGAAGAUAACGCUCUGCCGUUACUCUCCGUUAAGUGGAGCGGGAGAACCGCCGAGGAGUUGACGGAUUCCGUCGCUUUCUUCCGCGAGCUCGUCACAGGUCCGUUUGAGAAAUUUGUAAGGGUGACUAUGAUUCUGCCAUUAACGGGCGUGCAAUACUCGGAGAAAGUGACGGAGAACUGUGUCAGAAUCUGGAAAUCCUUGGGCAUUUACACUGAAUCCGAGGCUAAGGCCGUGGAGAAGUUCUUGAAGAUCUUCAAGGACGAAACUUUCCCUCCGGGCUCCUCUAUCCUCUUCGCCCUCUCCCCUGGAAGCUCGUUCACUAUAGCGUUCUCGAGAGACGGUAGCAUCCCGGAAACCGGAGAAGCUGUGAUCGAGAAUAAGCUCCUGGGGGAGGCGGUUCUCGAGUCGAUCGUCGGGAAGAACGGUGUCUCGCCCGACACGAGACGAAGCCUCGCCAAAAGGUUGUCGCAGCUGCUGAAGAGCGAAAACAUCAUCGGGGCCGGACAAGAAGAAGUUCAGCAAGCCUCUGUCGGAGAUGAAUCGGCCGUAGAGAACUGAGGACAAAUCGUUCUGAAACCCCAUGUUGUAAGAACCAAUAAAAAGCAAUGUAUUUUCUUAAAUCCAUGAAGUGAAUCAACCAUUACCCUUUUAAUCGGAGCAUAUCUGCUAAUCAAUAUAAGACGUAACGAUGAUUAUAAUA